GGAAAGCGGCCACAGGGGCCUUCUGGUGGCUCGGCACUGGAUGGUAUCAGCUCGCGACCCUAAUUUCUCUGCUGAAUGUUUUUCUCCUUACAAGAUGUCUUCCAAAGAUGUUCAGGUUGCUGCUGUUCUUUCUCCCCCUACUUUUACUGCUUGGUUUAUGGUGCUGGGGUUCCGAAGAUUUCCUCUCCUUGUUACCAGCUUUGAACUGGACAAGCUUACUCAGAACGGCCAGGUGGGAAGACUCCGUAAAGACAGUUGCAUCUGAACCUCAUUCAGGCCCCGCUGGUCAGUUUCCAGAGGUGACUAUGAAGUUCUUUGAUGCAGAUCGUGUAAGUGAGCUGGAGAAACAAAUGGCCCACUUAUCUGAGAGGUGGCGUCACCAGGAUGAAGAAUACAAUAAAAUGCUACUUCUGGUCCAAAGCUUUCAGGAACAAGUCACCCAAAUGAACGACCGAAGUGAAAUGUUGGCGCUCGUCAAAAACAUUGUGAGCCAACAUCUUACAAAGGCCAAAUCGGAGGGAACGGGGCACUCCGAGCAAUUUUUGACUUUGCAUCAAGAGCACGAAUGGCGCCUUGCAACUUUAGAAAGUCUUCUGGCAAAACUCUCAGAAAAAUCAGAGGGUCUCCAGAAAGAAUUUGAAUUAACCAAAGCGAAAACAAUGAGUGACAUGGAUGAGCACAGCCAGAGCCUUUUGUCCAAGAUGAAGCACCUAGAAAUUGAACUGGCGCGUCUGAAGACAGAGUUGCUGAGUUUACAGGAUGUGAAAAGCUGCUGCAACACGAUAGACGCCCUUCACCAAAAGGUUGAUGCCCAGAUUAAAGAAUCGAUCAGGGUUAUGUUUUCGGGCGAUCUGAAAGGAGAUUUUUCGGAAUCCUUGCUUCAGUGGCUAACUUCCAGAUUUGUGACCAAAACAGACGUACAGGUUUUGUUGCGAGAUCUGGAGAUGCAAAUCCUCAGGAACAUCACUCUCCAGAGGUCGAUCGCAAAUUCCAAAGUGACCACAGAGAUAGUGACAAAUGCCGUCAACGAAGCUGGGAUUGUAGGCAUCACGGAAGCGCAAGCCCAGGUCAUUGUCAACAACGCCCUGAGGCUCUACUCUCAAGACAAAACCGGCAUCGUGGAUUUUGCUUUGGAAUCUGGAGGUGGUAGCAUUUUGAGCACUCGCUGUUCAGAGACCUACGAAACCAAAACGGCCCUGCUCAGCCUCUUUGGGAUUCCCUUGUGGUAUUUCUCCCAAUCACCCCGCGUAGUGAUCCAGGAGACAACUGAAAAAGCAUUCCAAAUAGUGGAACUAAGGAUAUUUUCCAACUGGGGUCACACAGAAUAUACGUGUCUCUAUCGCUUCAGAGUGCACGGGCAAACUGCUGAAUGAACACUACGCUUAUUUUCCUACUCUGGUUAUACACCAUUUCUGUUUUUAAGUUUAUAAAGGGAAAUUUUGAACACUGGAAUCUUUAAAAGACGGAAGAUAUGUCAUGUCCGACAGGUUGUGUUACUCUUUCCUGGCUAAACGUAGAAGGUUGCCAACAAAAUUGUAUCCCAAACCUAAUGGUUAUUUGCUCAAGAUGCUCAGCUUGUAACUGCCAGACAGCUUCAUGUUUUUAAUAUGUUCUUUCUGAAGGGGGGGAACCCCCCCCCCCGCGCAUGCCAACUGCUCUCGUUCCUAAGCCCAAUUAGCAAAUCACUAACCCCUCUUUUAAUAAGUCAGGAGAUAAAGCUUUUAAAUUUUUCCUUUUCACCAUUAGGAAUCUGUUUUUUUAAAAAAAAUAUUGGGACUCUCCUCUGCACCUGGAUAUGAUUAGCAUGUUCUGUUGUUUAUGCAGUUCCCAAUCAGAUGAAGGUUUGUUUGCAAUUCCAGCCCAAGCCUUGAAACUAAGGCUUGUUACCACUGUUCGGAGUUUUGCUUGACGAAACUGCUUAGCAGCUCAUCCUUGAAGCUACUUCCUCAGUUGUAGUCAUGCAACAUUUAAUUCGUACGUUGAAGAUUCUGAUUUCAACCGAAGUUUUGCUUUGAUAUUUAUCUUCCAGGUUUAGAACGUUUUUCCUUAAAUAUAUAUUAGUAAACAAAACAAAAAAAAUACCCUAACCCUAACAUCCAAAUGAAUAUCAGUAGUGAUUGUUGAACACAGAAAGGGCUUGAGUCUAACUUGAUGGGUUCUAGUAAGAAACAGAAAUGGAGUGGUUUGGCAAGUUGCCUUGUGUGCUGAAGGCAAAAUAUCCCCAUGUGUUAGCACCGAGUGAGGUAGGUGGAUUAAGGACGACGUUACAUUGAGAAU